AUGCCGCUCAGCGCCGAGUCCAUCGUUGGCAAAGUCGAAGCAACUCUGGGCGGAGUUUUGCAUAACCCAUCGCUCAAGGAGAAAGGGCUAGCCAAGCAACACGCUGCAGCAGAAAAGUCCUCGACUCACCACGCCACCGAACCAGCUCCUACAGGUAUUCCUCAACACAAUCACAAAAAUCCUGAGGAGGAGCUCGCUGCUGAAGCUGCACCAGGGGGGACUAUCUUGGUUGGUGGAGGAGGGCGAGCGGUCGUCUAA